GGGAAGCAGAAGUGGAGCUGCCAGCGGCUUGGCCAACUCCUCCUCUUUACUCUCACGAAGCCCGUUACAACUAAAUAUAUCUCUCAGACUGAUAACACCACCACGUCUACCCGAAUCACAGCAACUACAGGAUUUUAAAGACUACACGUGUGUGUUUUUAUCCUCUUCUUGACGAGGUAUAGGGCGGCAGUUGCAGUUCUGAAUUCGGGCUGUUCCAGUCAUCUUUAUUCUGCAACUUGGGACAGCAACUCAGUAGAGCCGGAGGAGAAGAGCUCCGUGUGAAGAAGAUGCGGCUCUCUUUCUGUGGCUUCCUGUCAGAAUUUGUCGGAAAUAUUUUUCACUCGACGGCAUUUGACUCCAGAAGAUUUCUUGCUGGUUUGUUGGGCAGUGCCGCCUGCCAGACCAGCCUCUGAGUGUUGUGGUCAGAGGAUAAUAUUUCCCUGGUCGGUGCCUGAUAUUCCCGACGUAGAGUCGUCGGUACCGAGACCCACCGGGCUUCCAUAGUCGGUAUGUUGUUCAUGGAAUUAUACCGCAAACGCAAUUCAUAACUAGAGAUCCAUGAUCCUGCUAAUCACAGAGAAUAUACUCAAACAAUUAAUCAAGACCCACAAUCAUUAAUUAACCGGGCCUGUAUAGCUUAUUAAUGAUAAUGAUGAUGAUGAUGAUUAUUCGAAAGAAGAUUUCCAUUGGCAGAUGAGACGGUAGUGUGGAGAGCACGUUCCUGUUUCUUCUGCGGGUUUUUUUUCUUCCUGAACUGGAAUUCCUGUGACAAGAAACGAGGAGGACUUUGUUUUGUUUUUGUUUCCUCCGGCGCCAUUGCACGGUCUAAAGUUGCAAAGUCUGAUGGAAAUCCUGGGUUGCAGAUCCGAGGAGAACAGUUUCAAUAUCCUCCCGUCGGCGGCUACCAUGCUGUUCCACGGCCUGUCCGGGGGAGAGGUGCACGGGGUGCACGGGGUGCACGGGGUGCACGGGGUGCACGGGGUGGUGGAGGAGAUGGAGCGGAGGGGCAAGAGCGAGUCCACGGUCAUCAGCUCUGCUAUCGACAUGGGAGAGACCGAAGCGACGUUGCAGUGCAUGAACAGCGAUCGCGUGGCCCUGUGUGCAGGCUGCGGCCGAAGGAUCGCGGACCGCUACUACCUGCUCGCGGUGGAUAAGCAGUGGCACAUGCGCUGUCUCAAGUGCUGCGAGUGCAAACUGCACCUGGAGUCCGAGCUCACGUGCUUCAGCAAGGACGGCAGCAUUUAUUGCAAGGAGGACUACUACAGAAGAUUCUCCGUCCAGAGGUGCGCGCGGUGUCACCUCGGCAUCUCGGCCUCGGAGAUGGUCAUGCGCGCUCGGGACUUGGUGUACCACCUCAACUGUUUCACGUGCACGACGUGCAACAAGAUGCUGACCACGGGAGACCAUUUCGGCAUGAAGGACAGUCUGGUGUACUGCCGCUUGCACUUUGAGACUCUAGUUCAGGGGGAGUACCAGAGCCACUUUAGCCCGGGGGACGUGGUCUCGCAUAAGGGCCUGGGCUCCGGCAACACGCUGGGAAUAUCCUACUUCAACGGCGUGGGCACCGUGCAGAAGGGCCGGCCAAGGAAAAGGAAGAGUCCGGGGCCAGGGGCCGAGCUAGCGGCCUACAAUGCGGCCCUCAGCUGUAAUGAGAACGACGGGGACUCUAUGGACCGGGACUCACAGUACAGCUCGAGCCAGAAGACCAAGCGCAUGCGGACGUCGUUCAAGCACCACCAGCUGCGGACCAUGAAGUCGUACUUCGCCAUCAACCACAACCCUGACGCCAAGGACCUCAAGCAGCUCGCGCAGAAGACGGGCCUCACCAAGCGGGUAUUACAGGUGUGGUUCCAGAACGCCAGGGCCAAGUUCCGGCGGAACCUGCUGCGCCAGGAGAGCGGCAGCGGGGACAAGGCGUCGGACGGCUCGGUGAUGGCGGGGGGCACCCCGUCCGGUCCCGUCUCCGACAUCUCCAACGGCUCCAUGAGCCCCCCGUCCAGCACGCCCACCACGCUCACCGACCUCACCAACCCCACCAUGCCCACCGUCACCUCCGUGCUGGGCGGCGGGCCCAUGGACGUGCACGAGUGCCGUAGCCCCUCACAGACGACCCUGACCAGCCUCUUCUGAUAGAGGUCCAUCCCCCCCCCCCCCCCCCCCGCCCCGCCUUCCUCCGACCUCCUCUCUGCUGCUGCUGCUGUCCCUCUUUGGCGAGGGGUGAAGUUCAACCUCUCCAUUAAGACCCCCCUCCACCCACCCCCUGGCCCCGUCGUCUCCCCCCUACAACUGUAUCUACGUCGCGAGCAGAGGACUGAUGACUUCUGAAACAACAUAACCUGCUACUUGGGGAGGGGAGGGGAGGGGGGGGGGAUGGAACAAGACAAGAACACAGAUCUGAAUUUGCUCUGAGACCUUGGGAGAUAUUCGUGAGGCAGCCAAGCCUUACCGAUGGAACGGUUGUUGUUUUCUUGACGUGUUGUCUUCUGCACAGACUUGCAUUUGCAUUUUUCAUUGUUUACAGAAAGAGACAUGAGGGGGGGGGGGAGAAACUGCUUGAUUUUGAAAAACUCUUUGUUUUUUUUUGUUUUUUUUCAGAACAGUAUUUAUGUUGUACAGGAGUGACUGUUAGAUGGAUUGUAAACUGGAGGUGCAGAAAUUCAGAUUAAACAGGUUACAAUAUCACACGACAA